GGUUGCUUGGCUUGGAUCAACAGAUUGAACACCGAGCACGGUCAUGGCUUCUCCGGCAUCGUUUAUUAGCUUGGAAAGCGAUGGAAGUGAACAUCGCGGAUCUUCGAUGCAAAAGCCGGGCAAGGGAGAACCCGUCGACAACGAUGAAUUCGACUCGUGGGUCAAGUCCAAACAGCUGCUCAAGCCGGACGAUCAACUUGACCUGACGGAUGGUGAGCUAGGCGAAGAGAUUCCCAAACUCCUUUCGACGGAGAACAGGCACCUGCCGAGGAAUUUGGUGAUCUACAAUUUCCACGAGGGAGCCUACGUGCCAGCACCUCCACCGGAGAAUACCAUCACUUUGCUGCAGUUCGAAGGAACAUCGCUCCAUAAGGAUACUCCCGAGGCGAAGGAUCAAAUUGCACGCAAAGGAACCGAUGAAUUGAAUGUCACCUUGGAUAAACCACCGGAACCAAGCCCGGAAGAGGAACAAGCGCCGCCCAAGCCGGAGACACCGGACGGCGAAGAUGCCGAGCGGGACGAAGAUGAAGCUGAAGCCGACGGUGAGGCUCAGGAACAAGAAGAGGAGGCUCAGGCGGCCCCCGAGGAGGAAGCUCCAAAGAAGAAGCUUACCAACCAGUUCAACUUUUGCGAACGUGCUGCGUUGACAAUAGCGAAUCCGUCGAGGUCCGUCGAUACCCAAACGAUCCCUCCGCCCCGUUCCAGCUAUGGGUCCAGCGUGCUGCAGUGGGUUAUUUACGACUCAUAUGCCGAGGACUACGCACAGCAGCAGCGUGAGAAGGAACGCGAAAAGGAAAAGAAACCGAUGCUGCAUAAGCGGGAUGAAAAAUCGCGUAAAGACGAUAAAGCCAAACAGACGGAAGAAUUUAACAAGCGCUAUCUGCAGGCUUGUCAGAUCAUUGAGCGGAUGGUAAAUCAGAACAUUUACGAUGAAAUCGCACAGGAUUACCGCUACUGGGAGGAUCCCUCGGAUGAGUUCCGCGAGGAAGAGGGUACCCUGUUGCCGUUGUGGAAGUUCUCCUACGAGAAGACCAAGAAGAUGUGCGUCACUGAUUUGUGCUUCAACACGCUGUACUACGAUCUGUUUGCUGUCUGCUUUGGAACAUUGGAUUUCAUGAAACAAGGCAACGAGGGAGCAGUAUGUUUGUUCACGAUUAAAAAUCCUUCCUUUCCGGAUUACAGAAUAACGACCGAGAGUGGAGCCAUGUGUUGCGAUAUCCAUCCGAAGUAUCCGUACCUGAUUGCGAUUGGACUGUACGAUGGGAAUGUGAUCGUUUACAACCUACAGGUGGGCACCAAGGAACCGGUGUACAUGUCCCACGGCGUCAAUGGGAAGCACUCGGAAUGCGUGUGGGAGCUCAAGUGGGGACCGGAUAUGCAGGAUGGCGAGAUUAACUUCUUUACCGUUUCCGGCGACGGGCGAGUGUUCAACUGGGUGUUGAUGCAGAACAAGCUUGCCAUUACAACGAUUAUAUCGCUGUUUUUGGAUAUCGACCAGGUCGGAGGUCCAGAUGGGAGCACCCUGAAGCUGAAGGGCUGCGGCAUGUGUAUGGUGUUUCAUCCUAGUAAUCCGGAGAUAUUUCUGGUCGGAACGGAAGAGGGCUACAUUUUCAAAUGUAGCACAGCUUAUAGCUCCAAAUAUCUGAUGACCUACUACGCGCACUACCUUUCCGUCCACCGGAUGGACUACAACAAAUUCAACUCGAACAUUUUCGCAUCCUGCAGCGGCGACUGGCGCGUUAAGAUAUGGGAGGAUAUGAGACCCGAACCGUUGUUCAUCUUCGACCUGGGGGCCUCGGUGGGCGACGUGAAGUGGGCUCCUUACUCGAGUACGUUGUUUGCGGCAGUCACCACCGAGGGUAAGGUGUUCGUGUUCGACCUGAGCGUGAACAAGUACAAAGCGAUUUGCGUCCAGGCCGUUGUUUCCAAGCGGAAGAACAAACUCUCACGGAUUGCUUUCAAUCACAAGCUGCCGUUUAUCAUUGUCGGGGAUGACAAGGGAACAACAAUAACACUGAAACUGUCGCCAAACUUACGUAUCAAAACGAAGGCACCGAAGAAAACCGUCCCGGUCGAUCCACACUCGUUGGAAGUGCAGAAACUGGACCGGCUGCUGUCGUUGGUGCGGGAGCUGCCGGAGGGCGAACUGGUGAAAGAGACGGUUUCAACUGUAGCUUCCAAUUAAAGCGAUAGUCGGUGAUUUAAGUAGUAGACGAUGUAGGGAGAGUGAUUUUAGAGCAAAUAAUUUGAAAAUUCACGGGUA